AUGUCGACAACAAUGGACCAAGUAGUAAAAAAAGCCAAAGAUAGUUUCGGACCAAUGUUCGACAAAAGUUUACAUGAUCUUGUACGAGGAAUUCGAAAUCAUAAAGAUAAUGAAGCUAAAUAUAUUAAUGAAGCUAUUGAUGAAAUCAAACAAGAACUUAAACAAGAUAAUAUGGCAAUAAAAGCAAAUGCUGUUAAUAAAUUAACUUAUCUUCAAAUGCUUGGCUAUGAUAUAUCAUGGAGUUCAUUUAAUAUUAUUGAAGUAAUGAGUUCAAAUAAAUUUACAUUUAAACGAAUUGGCUAUUUGGCUGCUUCACAAAGUUUUCACGAAGGAACCGAUGUAUUAAUGUUAACAACCAAUAUGAUUCGAAAAGAUUUGAAUAGUUCAUCUAUGUAUGAAGCUGGAAUUGCUAUGAGUGGCCUUUCAUGUUUUAUUAAUGCUGAUCUUGCACGAGAUUUAGCAAAUGAUAUAAUGAGUCUUAUGACAUCAACAAAACCCUAUAUUCGUAAACGAGCAGUUCUACUUUUAUAUAAAGUAUUUUUAAAUAAUCCUGAUGCACUUAAACCAGCAUUUCCACGUUUACGUGAAAAACUUGAAGAUUCAGAUCCAGGUGUACAAGCAGCAGCUGUUAAUGUUAUUUGUGAAUUAGCAAGACGUAAUCCAAAAAAUUAUCUUGCAUUAGCACCAAUAUUUUUUCGUCUUAUGACAACAUCAGCAAAUAAUUGGGUAUUAAUUAAAAUUAUUAAAUUGUUUGGUGCAUUAACACCAUUAGAACCAAGAUUAGGUAAAAAAUUAAUUGAACCAUUGACGAAUUUGAUUCAUAGUACAUCAGCAAUGUCUUUACUUUAUGAAUGUAUUAAUACUGUUAUUGCUGUUCUUGUUUCAAUUUCAUCUGGUUUACCAAAUCAUAAUGCUUCUAUUCAAUUAUGUGUACAAAAACUUCGUAUACUUAUUGAGGAUUCAGAUCAAAACUUAAAAUAUCUUGGUCUACUCGCUAUGUCAAAAAUUUUACAAACACAUCCUAAAAGUGUACAAGCACAUCAUGAUUUAAUUAUGCAAUGUCUUGAUGAUAAAGAUGAAUCGAUUCGUUUACGAGCACUUGAUCUUCUAUCGGGAAUGGUAUCGAGAAAAAAUCUAAUGGAUGUUGUACGUAAAUUAAUGGUUCAUAUGAACAAAGCUGAAGGAACACAUUAUCGAGAUGAAUUAUUAUCAAAAAUAAUUGAUAUUUGUAGUCAAAAUGAUUAUCAACAUAUAACAAAUUUUGAAUGGUAUAUAAGUAUUUUGGUUGAAUUAACUCGUCUUGAAGGUACAAAACAUGGUGGUCUCAUUUCAUUACAAUUACUUGAUGUUGCUGUUCGUGUUGAUUCAAUUCGAGAAUUUGCUUGUCAUCAAAUGGCUGUUCUUCUUGAAAAUGCUCAUGUUUUUAUUCUUGGUUCAAAUUCUACAAAUAUUGCUGAAGUAUUAUAUGCAGCUGCAUGGAUUUGUGGUGAAUUUAGUUCACAUUUAAAAAAUCCACAAAAGACUCUUGAAUCAAUGCUUAAUACAAAAAUUACAUUAUUUUCUGGUCAUAUUCAAUCUGUUUAUUAUCAAAAUAUUCUUAAAAUUAUAACAUAUAUAAUAACAACAUUAGAUAAUAAUGAAACAGCAAUUAAAGAACUUGUUUCAAUGUCAAUUGAUAAAAUGUCUGUAUUUUUAUCAAGUGGUGAUGUUGAAGCACAAGAACGAGCAAGUGUUAUUUUAAAUGUUUUAAAAUCAGUAUUAAAAUUAAUUGAAAAACAUGAAUUUAAUGUUAAUGAAUUGUCAGCUCUUUUUGAUGGUGUUCUUAAUCCAGUUGCGGCUAAAGCUCAACGAAAAGUUGCUAUACCAACUGGUUUGGAUUUGGAUGCAUGGAUAAAUGAUCCACCAUCGGAAAGUGAUGAUGAAUCUGUAACAAAACCUAGUAGUUUUGAUAAGACGAAUAAUCCAAGUUUAUUUUAUGGUGAUAAUAGAGAAAAUUAUUAUCAUGGAAGUAACCUUGAUUCCUAUAGUGGAGAUCAAUCGGGUUAUAAUAAACCAAAAAAUUAUGUUGAACCAACUGCAGAAGAAUUAGAAGAACAACGUGAAAAAAGAAAACAAAGUGAGAAAAUGAAUCCAUUCUAUUUAAAAGAUACAACAAAAAUUAAAUCAACACAAAAAACUGAAGUAUCUCCAACUAUUUCAAAUAAUGCUGAUCGUUCUCAAGCAACAUCAUCAAAAGGAACUAUUCCAGCAAACUUACAAUUAUCACUUGCUGAUCAAUUAUAUCGUCAAGCAAAAAUUGAUGAAGAAAAUCGACGUUUAAAGAAAAAAUCUAAAUCAGAUGGCGGAUCAUCAAAAAAGGGAAAGAAAACAUCAAAAAAUUCUGAUCGUACAACAGUUGAUGAAAAUGAUGAUGAUUUAUAUCCGACAAUCAAAGUAACACGUGGUGGAGAAUUACCGGAAGGUGUAACAGAAAGUGGUAAUGAAGAUAAUGACAAUGAUGAACCUGUUGGAAAAAAUAAAAAACAUGAUCCACAUCGAGCACUUAAUAUUGAUUUAGAUGAAAAAUCUAUACAAAAAAUGCCAACACUACCAACGCAAGUACAAGAACCAAUUACAAAACCAGUUGAAAAUCCACCCCCAAUAACAGAAAAACAAAAAAAAUCCAAGAAAAAGAAAACAGUUGAAAAAGAAGAAAAAUCGUCGACAUCUAAAUCUAAACAUAAACGAGAACGUAGUGAUUAUAAAGAAUUAUUAUCACCUGCUGAUGACGAAAAAAAAAGUGUUGUACCAUCACCUAGUAAUACAACAGCGGCUGCUCCUCCUGCUACUACAACUACCGAAGAAAAGCCAAAGAAAAAGAAAACUAAAGAAAAAAAACCAAUAAAUAAUGAUAAUUCGGCACCACUUCUAUUCGAUAUAAUGAGUGAUGAUAUUAAUCCAACAAGUGGAUCCAAUCAACAAUAUAGUGAAUUAAAUGUCUACAAACCAACAGCUGAAUCUGAUUAUUUAACAAUUGAAACUUCCAUCAUUCCAACACCAUCAACUGCUCAAUUAGAUGUAACAUUUUUAUUAAAAAAUCGUACAUCAUCAAUAAUUGAUCAUAUUGAUGUUCAUGUUAUUGAUAGUUUAAGCUCAAAAUUAAUCAAUACAACAAGUACAAAUCAUGUAUCAUUUCCAUCAAUAAGUCUUUUUCCAUAUUCACAAAAUUAUAUACAUAUUUAUUUUGCUAUUAAUGCUAUUUCAUUUCCACAAAAAUUAAAAACUUCAAUGACUUAUUCAAUAAAUAAAGCAUCGAAUGAUAUUCAAACAGACACAAUUGAAUUUAAACUUGAUUUACCUUGUUCGCAAUACUUACGAAAAAAAUCUCUUGAUUCUGAUGCUUUUGCUGAGUUAAUGAGCUCAGGUACUUUAACAAGUCAAUCACGUGCUAAUAUUUCAUCAUCUAGUCAAGAUUUUUCAUCAUUAAUUAAUACUAUUUGUCAAACAUAUCGAUUAACUGUUGUUGAUAAAAUUAAUUCAGCUGCAUCAUUAUAUGCAGAAACAAUUCUAGGACAUCCAAUUGCUCUUUUAUUUAAAUCAACUAAUUCUCAAAGUGGUAUUUCAAUUGAUGGUAAAUCAACCGAAACGCAUUUUUUAUCUAAUUUAAUUGAAGAAAUAAAAAAUUUCGUCAAAUGA